AUGUUGAAAUGGUGGUAUUAUUCUUCCUAUACCAUCCUUAUAUACCUAAUUACAGAUUUACUAAAUGCUCAACAUCAUUCAGUUUAUAUUCCAAAUUAUCUUCAAGCACUUGACUAUCCAAAUGGAGAUGAAACGCCAUCACCACAUCAACAACAAGAACAAUCUGAUGAUCGAUUUAAUGAUGGUUUUGAUUCAUUUCAGUUUGAUUUUUUUCAAACAACAACACCAUCAAUUCAGUUUCUAUUCGAUACAUCAACAGUUCAUGUUGAUAUAACCACUGAUGAUUCAACAACAAAUUUAACAUCAACAAUAUCAAAUUCUUCAGAUUCAACGAUUACAACAGAAAUUAUAUCCACAAUAUUAAAUUCAACAUUAAUAACAACUGAACAGAUGACAUCAAUACAAAACAGUACUUAUUCAUAUCUAUCAACUGAUACUAUUCUAUUCAAUAAUGAAACUUCAUCUUCGAAUGAAAUAAUUCUAUCUUCUACUGAUAACAAUACAUUCUUAUCAACAUUGAAUUAUUCCACAGACAAUGAAUCAAUAUCAACACACGAACAAAUUAAUGAAACAGUAGAAAAUAUUUUUAACAAUACUUCUACGAUAGGAACAUUUGUAAAAAAUAAUAGUGAUCUAAUUAUGAAUUUACUAAAUCGAACUUAUUUCCAAGGUAAAAAUUUAGUUAAUCAUAAACAAUAUGAUAUUUAUAAUACAACACCUGAAGAAGCAGCACAACAUUUAACAGAUAGAAAAACUAUGCAAUCACUUAUUCAUUUACUUCCACUUAAUUUAUGGUCACAAUUACAAAAUAAUUUUUCAGCUAUUAAUUUUAAUCAAAGUCAAUAUAUACAACCAUCUUUACCUGAUCCUGUUAUACUUGCCGAAGCAGCAGCACAAGCUGGUUUACCUGGACCAGGACCAUAUCCAAUACCUGAUCAUCUUUGGCAUCAAAAUCCAAAUAAUUAUCGAAAUCCUUCACAAAUUAUAAAUAAUAUGCCAAUGAAAAAGUCAACAACAACUUCUUCAACAACAAAAUCAACAACAAAACUAUUACGAGUAUUGCCAUCAAAUGUAUUUUUUAAAUUACCAAAUACACAAGCACCUUAUCUAACAAAACCAAUAGCAACAAAAACUAGUACUAAUUUUCGACUAAUUCAUAAAUUGAAUGAAAUUCGAUCGGGAUCGUUUAUACCUAAUAAACAUUUAUCAGUAUCACCACCACCAUCGCCGUUACCAAAUGCUAAUAUUCAAUCAUUACUUGCACAAAUUGGUUUUACUUGUCCAGCAGGUGUAACUGGUAUUCGUUUUCCCGAUCAACGAUUAUGUAAUAUGUAUUUUACAUGUACACAAUCGGGUUUACCUGAACCAUCACUUUGUCCAGAAGGUUUUCUUUUCUCAGAUAUAUCUCGUGAUUGUGAACUUGCAUCACAUGUCGAUUGUGGAUCACGUUUAUCAGCUUUCUUCGAUGCUGAUAAUAAUAAUAAUAAUAUCAAUAAUAAUCAUAAUAAUAAUAUAAAUACUGACAGUAAAAUCCUUUUUACCCUAAGAACAACAACUACAACAACUACCACCACCACCACCACCACCACAACAACAACAACAACAACAACAACUACAACUACUACUCGAAGAACAACCCUAUCAACUUCUUCAGUUCGAUCACAAGCAAAUAUAGUUAAUGGAACAUUAGAAUGUGUUUUAGGUGCUGAUGGUUAUUAUGAAGAUCCAUUAUAUUGUAAUGUAUAUCAUCAUUGUCUAGCUGGUAUUGAUUAUAUUGAACAUUGUCCAAAUCAAUUAGCUUGGAAUGAAAAAAAGAAAAUGUGUGACUGGACAACAAAUGUGAAUUGUACAGGUAAAACUAUGCCUGUUGUUCAAGGUAAAACAUCAUUUUGUACAAAUCGACAAGAUGGUCGUUAUGGAUCUGAAACUUAUUGUAAUGCAUUUCAUCAUUGUAUUGGUGGUACUGAUCAUAUUGUACGAUGUACUGGUGAAUUACAAUGGGAUGAUAAAAAAAAAGAAUGUGGUUGGGAAUCAUCUGUUCGUUGUGGUUCACCAAAAAAAAUGUUACCUAAUGAAAAUAAAUUUAAUUCAACAUUUUGUACAGGAAAAACAGAUGGAUCAUAUCCACAUGAAGAAUAUUGCAAUGUUUAUCACGUAUGUGAAUCAGGUGCUGAUAAUAUGCGUCAAUGUCCACAUCAAUUAUUUUGGGAUAAUGAACAACAAAAAUGUGAAUGGUCAAAUAAUGUUCGUUGUACAGGACGUACACUUGUUGCUCUUUCAAUGGAAUCAAGUUUAUUUUGUAUGGAAAAAACCGAUGGAUUUUAUAUUGAUCCAAUUUAUUGCAAUGUUUAUCAUCAGUGUAUGGCUGAUAUUGAUGUUAAAUUACGCUGUCCAGAACGUUUAGUAUUUAAUGAAACAUUAAAACGCUGUGAUUGGCCUGAAUCAACAAUUUGUAAAGGUGGAAAUAUAUUACUUGAAGGUGAAGAUAAUAAUGGAUUUUGUACCGAUAAACCAAAUGGAAAUUUUGCUCAUGAACAAUAUUGUAAUCGUUAUUAUAUAUGUCAAAAUGGAAAAGAUGUUGUAUUUACAUGUCAAAAUAAUUUAAGAUAUUCAGCCGAAAAAAAUGAAUGUGAUUGGGCUAUUAAUGUUGAUUGUAAUGGUAAACCAGAUUAUAUGUGGGAAGGUAUCAAAGAAAAUUUCUGUAAACGUUUACCGGAUGGAAAUUAUCCAGAUAUUAGAUUUUGUAAUAUAUUUCAUCAAUGUCAAGCAGCUAUGGAUUAUCCAAAACGAUGUCCCAAUAGACUUAUGUUUAAUGAAGAAACAAAAGAAUGUGAUUGGGAAGAUAAAGUUGAUUGUAAAGGUCGAGAAAAAUUAAUUGAUACUGAAGGUCUGGAUGAUGAAGUGCGUCCAGGUACAAAUAAUACUCGAGGACGUUCAACUAAAUUUUGUAUGGUAAAACAAAAUGGUGAUUAUGCCGAUUCAUAUUAUUGUAAUGUUUAUCAUAAUUGCCAUGGUGGAUUUGAUACAAUUCAAUAUUGUACAAGAGGUUUAGUCUGGCGUCAAGAAAGUGAAACAAUAGGUAGAUGUGAUUGGUCUAAAGAACGAUCACCGGAUGGAGCAGAUUGUAAUGGAAAAGCUUUAUUUUUUGUCGAAAAAUUAGCUGAAAAUGAUAUAUUAUCAAAUUUACGUUCAGAAUUUUGUAUAAGUAAAGGUGCUGGUCUAUACGAACAUCAACGUUAUUGUGAUCUUUAUUUACAAUGCAAUGAACAAGGUGUGGGUGUAACAAUGGAAUGUAGUCCUGGUCUUGUUUUUAAUGAAAAGAAAAAAGAAUGUGAUUAUCAAGCAGAUGUUAGUGAUGGAACAAAAGGUACAUUAUGUUUAACACCACGAAGUUUUCUACGCUCAAAACCAAAAUCUGAACAAGCAUCCAUAUUAUUCGAAGGUGUUGAUGCUACUGGACAAUUUCCAACACGUUUUGAUUGUAUAAACAAAGAUCAACAAAAUAUGUUUGCUGAUUUAGAUUGGUGUAAUAUUUAUCAUGUAUGUAUUGGUAAUCGUGAUAAUAUAUUUUUAUGUCCACCUGGUACAAUAUUUAAUGAUACAAAACAAGGUUGUAUGGAUCGUUUUGAUGGAACAAAUUGUAAUGGUACACGUUCUUAUUAUAAACCAUUAACAAGACGUCAAAAACGUAUUGAUUCAUCAUUAAUAUCGAGAAAAGUACCACAAAAUAGUUUUCAUUUGGCAAAUUUAAAACAAUUACCAUUUAAUAAUUAUAAUCAACGAAUUCCAUUUGAAUGGAGAAAACCACAAAGAUCAAGACAGUUCGAUGAUAAUUUUUUUGAAUGGCGACAAUAUCGUCAAUAUUAA